AUGGCUCUAGACCCCACAGACGAAAAUGAGCGUUUGCCAUCUCGCAGACGAAGUCUUCGAAAGCGUGCUCAGCAAUGGAUGACCAAAGGGGCCCUUGUCCGGGACGACUCUGAUGAUGAGCUUGGCGAUGAGGACCACCCAUGGCACUGGAUAUAUGACACAGAUCUUGCAGAAAAUAUGGAUGAGGAUGCUAGGACUGGGUCUGUGGAAAACACACCGAAGUCAGGCACGAGACGCUCAUCUCGCACUGCUGGAAAGUCCCGACGAAAAAUUGUUGGAGCCCGGAUGGGCGUAUUCGAAUGCCGAUUAGGCCAGGUAGUUCUGCUCAGGUCUCCAGAGCCUGGAAAAGACUGGGUUGGGAUUAUCACCGAGUUCCUGGAGGAGGAUGACGAAGAUGUCGACGGAGAGGUCAUCAAGUCGGCUAACAUCAUGUGGUUUGCUUCUCCGGAUGAGUUCAUGUCGACAAGAAACAAACGACGGGCGGACGCAUUGCCCAAUGAACAGUAUCUGACAGCAGAUUUCAACGUGAAUCCUCUGACAUCGAUCAAUGGUAAAGCGACGGUGAUGUCGAAAGAUGUCUUCUAUGCCACAUAUCCAAACGGUGACCCUCCGAAGGGCAAGGAUGCACUGGCGGAAUAUAACAAGUGCAUUGUCUGCCGACGAGGGGUAAACCAGCUCCAGGGACGGUAUACGGCGGAGUUUGUAUGGGAACAAGUGUACCGAGAGGACCAAAUUUUCACCCUCAUUGAUAUGAUCAAAAAUGGGUUGAAAUCAGCCAAGAAGCGCAAACACGGUGACUAUGAUUAUGUGGAUGUUAAUGAGGACAAAGAAGAUGAUGACUUUACGCCCACUACUCCACGAAAAAGGCAAAAAGUAGGUUCACAGGCUGCCACUCCACAGUCACGACGCCAGAAGCCUCUCACGACCCCAACACACAGAAGGAUUGUUGUAAAGAAACCACUUGAAUUUACGCCUCUUGGAACUCGCGUUCUCUCCCCUUCCCAUUUCGCUUCUCCCUACCGCCAGGCACGCAAUCUCCUGCAUGUUUCUACAGUUCCCACGUCAUUGCCAUGCCGAAAGACAGAGUUUGACACUGUCUAUAGUCACCUUAGCUCUGCAAUUAUGGAGGGAACUGGAACUUGCAUCUACAUCUCCGGAACACCGGGAACGGGUAAGACGGCCACAGUUCGUGAGGUGGUUGCGCAGCUGAAUGCUGCGGUUCUUGCGGAGGAGAUGGACGACUUCAUAUUCGUUGAAAUCAACGGGAUGAAAGUCACGGAUCCUCAUCAGUCAUACUCAUUGCUGUGGCAGGCCUUGAAAGGUGACCGCGUUUCCCCUUCUCAUGCACUUGAUCUCCUCGAAAGAGAAUUUUCACACCCAUCGCCUCGACGGGUGUCAUGUGUCGUCCUCAUGGAUGAACUGGACCAACUGGUCACCAAGAACCAGUCUGUGAUGUACAACUUCUUCAAUUGGCCGGCCCUACGCCAUUCCCGUCUCAUCGUGCUUGCUGUCGCAAACACCAUGGAUUUGCCCGAGCGAACUCUAAGUAACAAGAUUUCGAGCCGUCUGGGACUGACCCGCGUCACGUUUCCUGGCUACAAGCACACCGAUCUUAUGGAGAUUAUCAGCACUCGUCUGGCGAAUGUCCCAGGAAACAUUGUCGAUGCGGACGCUAUCCAGUUCGCCAGUCGAAAAGUGGCAGCCGUUAGUGGCGAUGCUCGGCGCGCAUUGGAUAUCUGUCGCCGUGCGGUCGAAAUCGCAGAACAGGCCAGUGAUGUCGCAGCCAAGGAAUCAGAUCAAGCCGACGCGGACGAGACCGAGUCCCUCCCCCCAACCCCGAGUAAGACUCCCGCGCGAAGGGAGAAGUCCACCAACAAACAAAAAUCCCUCCCAUCCAUAGCCGAAUCCCCUCAAAAAGGCUUACCCCAGAAACAAUCUUCUGGACACGUCACAAUUGCUACCAUCAAGCAAGCCAUCCAGGAGGCAACUUCAACACCGCUGCAACAGUCCCUUCGAUGCCUUCCUCUCUCCGCGAAGCUGUUCCUCGCCGCCCUUCUGGCUCGUGUCAAACGGACCGGUAUCUCCGAAUCAACUUUCGGCGAUGUCAUUGAUGAAGCCAAACGGAUCGCUGAUGCGGCCGUGGCCGUGGCAGGUGCAGCCGGCGCCGGGAUCAAGGAGUUCCUCCUUGCCGGCGGGAGCAGCGCAAGGGUAAAGUCUCUCGGCCUUGCAGCCAUAGAACUCAUGAACUCCGGUGUCCUAGUCCUAGAAUACGGAACAGGAUCCAAAGGUCCUCUAGGAAGCUCUACCGUAUCGAACAGAGGUGACCGAAGCGGCAAGAUAAGACUCAGAGUCGCACCGGAGGAUGUCAAAGCUGCAUUCCGAGAAGAUGUGGAAGCGAAGUCGCUAGGACUGGGGAUUGAUCAAUAA